CUCUCCUCAACGCCGCCUUCGACCUCAAGACCUCAAGAACGCCGUCGUCGCCCUCCAUGAAAUUCUCUGCAGACGUCUCAUCCUCGCGGCGUAAGGCCCGCAAGGCUCACUUCGAUGCGCCCUCAUCUAUUCGCCGAAAGAUUAUGUCCUCUGCUCUCUCUAAGGAGCUCCGCGGCAAGCACAACGCUCGUUCGCUACCCGUUCGCAAGGACGACGAAGUUCGCAUUGUUCGUGGCAAGUACAAGGGACGGGAGGGAAAGGUGACACAGGUGUACCGCAAGAAGUGGGUUAUCCACGUUGACCGUGUACAACGGGACAAGUCCAAUGGUGCCUCUGCCCCCAUCGGUAUCCACCCCAGCAAUGUGGUCAUCACGACCAUCAAGAUGGAUAAGGACAGGCGCGCAAUCUUGGACCGCAAGGACAGGAAGAAAAAUACGUCAACGGAUGUUGAGAUGGUGGAUUAAUUCAUUCCUUAGCUGUCGUCUCUUUCAUAUCUACGUCGACGUACAAAAACCAUCCAUGUAUCUAUGCACCUGCGAAGAUAUGCCCAUGACAACCGUCUUAUAUUAAGUGAAGAUCCGUUCGAAGACAUUCCCAGAAGUUUCAAUUUUGGUUUUGUGAAUUUGAUUGUGUGCCAUUUUAAUUGGGGAUCUAGAGCAUUUGGCG